AUGCUGAUAGCCCUAAUAGGCCCACCGCAAUCGGGCAAGCAAACAGUAGCAGACUACCUCGUCUCGCAGCAUGGCUUCACCCUCGUCUGCAUCCCUGGACGCAAUUCACAUCGCAUCUCGCAGCCAUCCUCCCCCUCCUCCUCCUCCUCUUCCACCUACAAGCCACUCAGCUUUGACAGUCCCCGCUCCCUUCUCGAUCACGCAACAGCCCAUUGGCGUGAAAAGCUGGUCACCCUCGACCUCUGCACACUCGCAGACGUGCAGGUCGGAUUCGAUAAGAGGCCGUUCUUCUUGCUCGUGGGCAUUGAUGCGCCGCUGGGGCGACUCGCAGCAACCGGGCGUCUCAUCCCUCUCCUCGCCAGCCUCGACUUCUCGACCCACCUCAUAGUCCUCAACCCCUUCCCCUCCCUCUCCCCCUUGCACGCCCACUUGGACACCCUAGACCUGCCCUCCCCUCACCGUCUCCGCCCAUCAUGGGACGCCUACUUCCUCUCGCUCUGCAGUUUGGCCUCACUGCGCUCAAACUGCAUGAAGAGAAGGGUAGGCGCCGUCCUCGUCUCUACGUCCGAGAAGAGAGUCCUAUCAACAGGGUACAACGGCACGCCUCGCGGCCUCACAAACUGUGCAGACGGAGGCUGUAAGCGAUGCAACGAUCCUCUUGCAACAGGGAGGGGAGGAGCCAAUUUGACCGAGUGCUUCUGCUUGCACGCAGAAGAGAAUGCUCUUCUAGAGGUGGGGAGAGGACUGGCAAGAGGGGCGACGCUGUAUUGUAAUACGUGCCCCUGCAUGCGCUGCGCCGUCAAGAUUGUUCAAGUAGGGGUGGACGAGGUCGUUUAUCAGUUGGAUUACUCGGUGGAUCAUAGGAGCGCCGAUAUCUUCACCGCUGCGGGGGUAAAAAUCAGAAAGUACGGCGAGGCGGUCAAGUGA